AUGGCCUCGAUGUCGCUGAAAUUCAUAUUGUGCGGCGAGCCUGACGAAGUGUUGGCUACUCUUACACACACGCAUCAGAAAAACAAGUGUAAAAGCUCGAGUCUUGUAUUACAAAACAAUCGUGUAGUUGGUUUAUCAGCUGAACCAAACUAUCCAAGUUCUGGUGCUCGCCAUCAAACUAAAGAUGAUGAGAGAAGCAACAAGACAGCAGCAAAACUUGACAGAAGACAACACGCGCGCCAACUGCAAAAUUUGCGUCAGCGUCGUUACCGUGAGCGAAAGAAGUCGAGUGCAUCGGCCUUGCAGUCCAACUCGGAGCAAUUACAGCAAGAAAAUUUAGCACUAGAAAGUGCCAUUCUGGAACAUUUCAAAUUGGAGCAUUGUUGCUCUUUCCAACAAGAGGCACAAACGGAUGUACAGCUAAUAUGA